AUCGUACGGCCGCGCGAGGGGCGACCGGGCUGGGGCCGCUGCACGCCCAGGGCGGAGGCCGAGCCGGGCCCCCGCCUUGCCCCGGCGGCUCGCCGCGCCCACCCCGCUCCGCGCCGAGGGCUGCAGGAUGAGUUCCCCAGGGUCCGGAUUUAUGAAAAUAUGCAUCAGUUUAAUACUGUCUUGGAAUUCAUGAGAUGGAAGCAUAGGUCAAAGCUGUUUGGAGAAAAUUGGAAGAGUACAGUUUUAUCUAGCCACACCUCUGAGGAAUCAAGAGAAAGCAGUGGAAGUUGGUGUCAUUGUCAAGUGAUUGAGACCUUUUACAAGAAAAUCUCAUUGAAUGAAAGUCUUUUAAAUUAGUGACAUAACAAGACUAGUUAUUAAAGGUGACAGUGUAGAGAACGUUAAAAUUGAACAAUGACUCAGCUGUAUAUUUACAUCAGAUUAUUGGGAGCCUAUCUGUUCAUCAUUUCUCAUGUUCAAGGGCAGAAUCUAGACAGUAUGCUCCAUGGUACUGGGAUGAAAUCAGACUCCGACCAGAAAAAGCCAGAAAAUGGAGUAACCUUAGCACCAGAGGAUACCUUGCCUUUUUUAAAGUGCUAUUGCUCAGGACACUGCCCGGAUGAUGCUAUUAAUAACACAUGCAUAACUAAUGGACAUUGCUUUGCCAUCAUAGAAGAAGAUGACCAGGGAGAAACCACGUUGGCUUCAGGGUGUAUGAAAUAUGAAGGAUCUGAUUUUCAGUGCAAGGAUUCACCAAAAGCCCAGCUACGCCGGACAAUAGAAUGUUGUCGGACCAACUUAUGUAACCAGUAUUUACAACCUACACUGCCCCCUGUUGUUAUAGGUCCAUUUUUCGAUGGCAGCAUUCGAUGGCUGGCUUUGCUCAUUUCUAUGGCUGUCUGCAUAAUUGCUAUGAUCAUCUUCUCCAGCUGCUUUUGUUACAAACAUUAUUGCAAGAGCAUCUCAAGCAGACGCCGUUACAAUCGUGACUUGGAACAGGAUGAAGCAUUUAUUCCAGUUGGGGAAUCAUUAAAAGACCUUAUUGACCAGUCACAAAGUUCUGGUAGUGGAUCUGGACUACCCUUAUUGGUUCAGCGAACUAUUGCCAAACAGAUUCAGAUGGUUCGGCAAGUUGGUAAAGGCCGAUAUGGAGAAGUGUGGAUGGGUAAAUGGCGUGGUGAGAAAGUGGCAGUCAAAGUGUUUUUUACCACUGAAGAAGCUAGCUGGUUUCGAGAAACGGAAAUCUAUCAAACCGUGCUAAUGCGCCAUGAAAACAUACUUGGUUUUAUAGCAGCAGAUAUUAAAGGUACAGGUUCCUGGACUCAGCUCUAUUUGAUUACCGAUUACCAUGAAAACGGAUCUCUCUAUGAUUUCCUGAAAUGUGCUACACUAGACACCAGAGCCCUGCUUAAGUUGGCUUAUUCAGCUGCCUGUGGUCUGUGCCAUCUCCACACAGAAAUUUAUGGCACUCAAGGAAAGCCUGCAAUUGCUCAUCGUGACCUAAAGAGCAAAAACAUCCUCAUCAAGAAAAAUGGAAGUUGCUGUAUUGCUGACCUGGGCCUUGCUGUUAAAUUCAACAGUGAUACAAAUGAAGUUGAUGUACCUUUGAAUACUAGGGUGGGUACCAAACGCUACAUGGCUCCAGAAGUGCUAGAUGAAAGCCUGAAUAAAAACCAUUUCCAGCCCUACAUAAUGGCUGACAUCUAUAGCUUUGGCCUGAUUAUUUGGGAAAUGGCUCGUCGUUGUAUCACAGGAGGAAUCGUAGAAGAGUACCAAUUGCCAUAUUAUAACAUGGUACCCAGUGACCCAUCAUAUGAAGAUAUGCGUGAGGUUGUGUGUGUCAAACGUUUGCGGCCAAUUGUGUCUAAUCGAUGGAACAGUGAUGAAUGUCUACGAGCAGUUUUGAAGCUAAUGUCAGAAUGCUGGGCUCACAAUCCAGCCUCCAGACUUACAGCUCUGAGAAUCAAGAAGACACUUGCCAAGAUGGUUGAAUCUCAAGAUGUAAAGAUUUGACAGACAAAUAAUCAUGAGGAGAAAUUCUAGACUGCAAGAACUGUUUUCACCCAAGGAACGGGUGGAAUUAGAAUAGAAUAAGGAUGUUAACUUGGUUCUCAGACUCUUUCCUCACUACACCUUCACAGGCUGCUAAUAUUAAACCUUUCAGUACUCUGUAGAAUACAAGCUGGGAACUCCUAAACACUUCAUUCUUUAUAUAUGGACAGCUUUAUUAUAAAUGUGGUUUUUGAUGCCUUUUUUUUAUUGGGUUUUUAUGAACUGCAUCAAGACUUCAAUCCUGAUUAAUGUCUCCAGUCAAACUCUGGGUACUGAAUUACCUGUUCAUAAAAUGGUGCUUUCUGUGAAAGCCUUAAGAAGAUAAAUGAAUUCAGCAGAGAUGGAGAAAUAUACACUUUUACCUUCUACCUGAGAAAAUUUAAUCUAUUUGUAUUCUACCUUUGUAAACAGCCUAUGGAUCAUGAUCUGUUUGGGAUACUGCUUAGUUUAUGAUAGUUUGUCAUGCCUUGAUAGUGGUGUGUGUGUGUGUGUCUGUGUACAUACAUGCAUACGAGAAUUCCUCUGCUGCCAUUUGAAUUAGAAGAAAAUAAUUUAUGAAUGCACAGGAGCAUAUUGGUGGCCGUUGGUUUUGUGCUUUAAAAAUGCAUUAUCUGACCAAGAUUUGCCAAUCACAUAAAAGCCAUUUACCUUGCAAGUGAGCUAGCUUCUCCACCAACUUUAUUUUUUAACAUUAAAAUUGAUAUAAAGGCCAAAAGGAGUUUAAAGUGUAUGUAAAUUUGGACUGUUUUCCUCCCACCACAAACUUUUUUUUUUUUUUGUAAUUAUUAUUUUUGUCAUGAAAAGCAUCCUAUCCAAAGUUGGAACUUCCAAUGCCAUGAACCUUCUAAAGAAAACACUUCUUAUUGAAGUGAAUACUAAUUACUGCAUUUGAUAGCAAUUUAAGUGCCUAUAACCAUGUUCUGUAUUCUUUAUUCUCAGUAACUUUUAAAAGGGAAGUUAUUUAUAUUUUGCGUGUAAUAUGCUUUACUUGCAAAGCACCUGCUCCUUUACAACCCUAUUUUAUAUAUGUACAUACAUUCAUACUAUAGAAACCAGCUCAUGUGUACCUCAUAUCCCAUCCUUAAGGGGAAAAAAAUUAAAAGUUCUUCAGAAAAAAAACGUUGUAAAGUAGAACUACAUGUAAAUUUUCAGAAUUAAUUCAAAGUAGUAUAUCAAGUCUAGGACUUUGUUUAAAUAUCAAGAACUAACCAUAGGUAUAGACUUUCAUUAAGAUGCCAUCAUCUCAAUUCUCCUUUAUGAAAGGAUCCUCCAAUUAGAAAUUUCUGUCACAGAGUUAAUAUACAUUUGUCAACAACUGUUUUAGACAUUUAAAUCAUUUGAGAUUUUUGGUUUUAUGAUUUCUGUUCCGUAAGUUUGUGAAGACAGUGAAGAAUCAGGCAAAAAGUUCAAUAUCUAGUCAGUACCUAUAUCUAUACCAUAUAGCUGUUAUUCAAUAAAAUGCUACAUAUUUAUGGAUGCCUUGUUUCCCCAAGGAGUAAUUCUGAUUUACUUAAACUAACUAUACUUCUGCAAUGCCUUUUAAAUAUUAAUGUCUUAUUCUGAACAAACAACUCAUGGGUGCAUAAAGUGAGACAGUUUUCUUGAAUAUAGCAUAAAAUAAAUUGAUUAUAUCGCAACAUAGUUUAAAAAAUCUUUAAAGGGGAGGAAUCAGAGCAUGUAUCCAUCCAUUGCCAAAAAUGUGACUGACAUUUAAGGAUGAAAUGCUUACAUAUUUGUCUAUACAUCAAUCACAAAUUUGAGACUUGCUUUAACAGUUUUGACCAAGUUUAAUAAUUUUCAUCGUACAUAACUAAAGCUUGAAGUGUUUAUCAAGAUAAGUAAAUUUAUAUAUUGAUAUAUAUAGUACCCAGUAACUUCCUGUUUGAGAAUGUUUUCCCCAUCUCUGUACUGAGAAGUACAGGUAUUUUUAUCUAAAUUUCCAAGUGAUUUAGGAAUACUUAUGAGCUCUACUUAGUGUAAGGUUAACCUUGAUUUAUUUUUCAUUUGAUAAACUAUAAAUCUUGAAAAUAAUUUGUCAUCUUAAUAAUAAAAAAAUGUAAGGAAAGGCAAACUGUAUUCUUAGAAAUGUUAAAAUAGUAUGUGGAAGCAGACAAUUGCAGAUAAUAUAUAAGUACAAGAGCAUUAUAAUGAUUUUUUAAUUAAAUUGAUCUAUUAAAAAUGAUACCAAGAAACUUGUUCAAUAAAAAUAUUUUCUA